AGGGCAAUUUUAACCCUUUUAGUAGAUACAAAGAACAGAAGAGCAGAAUAGAGUGCUCUCUGCUUCGUCUACAGUGUUCCUCCUUUCAGUUUUGCACUUUUAGCUGAGGAAUUUGGCAGCCGGCUCAAUUAUCAUAAUAAUCCCAAGGAGACCAAGAACUUCUUCUCAAUUUGAGACACAAUGGAAAAUUUUGAUCAUCGAUUUCAACGUACUGAUCAGUGGAAGCCUGUCUAUUCCUGGUUAGAGACUCUAGACACAGACGAGGUGGUUAAAUCAAAAGAAAUUAUAGACUGGCUUACUGAGAAUUCUGAUGUGAGAGAACAAUUAAAUUCAAGGCAUUCACGUUACCAUUUGAUGCAUUACAUAAAAAAAUGCCACAUGAAAAUUCUGAAGAGAAAGGAGAAGAAGAAGGGACCAGGAUUCACCAAAAACGUGUCUGUGUCAGAAGUCAAGAAAAGUGAAGAUGUGAAGAAACUUGUUCCAGUUCAAAAUACAGACUAUAAUUUCAGCAACGCCGUACCUAAGGACACUGAUCUCUAUAAAGCAAAACAAACAGAAGCUUUGCAGAAAUAUGAGAUUCUUGUGGAGUUGGAGAAACAACUUUCGAUGCACUUCCCAAAGCCUGGAAACGUUGGCAAUAAAGAAAACUGAUUGCAAGCUGAUUUUGCACAUCGAUUAAAAUGCAGAAUGGCACAGUUUUGCAAUGUAAUGACUAUAAUUUCACUUCCAGUUUUGCUGGUUCGAAUGCUUUGUUUCAUCGAUGCUGCAAAAUUUCAAUCAUGGCCUAUAGAAACUAGUUUUAGAAACUAAUAUGUCCCUGUCCUUGUGAGAAAUAUCCUUGAUUCUAUGGUAAUGUAAGAAGUAUGGAAUAUUAUGUUAGCAAUUAGUUCAUUUGCCAAUACAAGUUUUGCUAAUUAUGAAUAUCUCAAAAAUAUUUGAAUGAAAGGUCUCUAUCAUUCAGUA